AUGACGGUGAGAAAGCUUCCAUCAGACCUUGAAGAAGAAAUACUGGUUCGAGUCCCACCUCGAUCUCUCGUUCGCUUCAGAUCCGUUUGCAAAGGAUGGAACACUCUUUUCAACAAUAAGAGAUUCGUCGACAGAAACUUUGCUUGCGGUCGCCCAGAAAUCUUGUUAAAGACGCAUUCCCAUAUUUAUUUGAUAAGCUUCGAUCUCAACAACGAAGACCCAUCUAUAAAGAUUAGUGAUUUAUGUUUUGAUUUACGCGGUCCCCGUUAUGAUCUCAAGGGGACCUGCGAUGGUUACUUGUUCUUGCACAACUCUGAUCAUGGAGCCGUGGUUCGAAACCCGUUAUUUAAUCGGACUGAAUUGAUUGACCCGGAUGAUCAGCGUCCACGUCGCAGCAGUCCGAGCAUGGGUUAUGAUGGUAGUAGCACCGAAAAGAGUUACAAGAUUAUUGGGAGUUGCAAGUUUCUUGGGACUAUGACUAAGAUGUUUAAUGAAGUUAUUACGAAGUUGGAAGUCUUCAAAUUUGCAACCAAUGCGUGGAAUGUUACAUAUUAUACCAGUCAACGUUUUAAUACUUAUCGCGAAUGUUGGUGCGGGAUUUAG